AUGCCGGCCAAGUCGGCAGUAUUUCCGCUCUUCAAUCUUCCCGCAAUCGUUCUUGUCGAAAUAUUCGAGGGAUUGGAUCCUAUCAAUUUGUGAGUCAAAGUCGAGAGACGGUCCCCCCAAGCCAACUAUUGUAGAUUCGAUCUAUCGCUCUUCUCGGAGAAGGCCAAAAGAUCUGUGAAGGCCAUUGCGCAUGAGAGAGGACAGCUGAAUGCGAAGCGUUUGGUGUUCGACUUCACCUCGUCCACUCUGCAAAUCAAAGCGAUCGGAGAGGGAGAGGAGACGUUGGUCCGACUCCUUAUCGAUUCGAAUCAGAAACUGUGGAAGGACGGUGUGGAAGUGAUAAAGACGAAGACGGUCGAGAUUAGAGGGUUCCAGUUUCAAUGGUACGGUCACCCGACUAUGAAGCAAAGCCACCACUUCUUCUGUCGCGUUCCGGAGCACGCCGCCUCGUUCCUCUUCGCGCACCUCAUCCAACUCUUCAACGCGCCCGUUCAUCUCCAUCUAACACUGAGCCUCAUUCAAAAUCUGCCCAUGUUUCUGAGCCAACCGCACUUUGUCCGCUGCGAAAAGCUGCGGAUCGAUGGGACAAACGGAAUGACGACUCGGAUAAGAGACUUGGAGGUCGUACUGAGAUACAUUCGAGUCGACAAGGAGUUGGAGAUUACCGAAAAGGAGAUGGACCGGAAUUGGAGACCAGUUGGCAUUGAAAAAGUUGGAAAAAGGGUCUACACCAGGGGUGUGCGGAAAAUUUUUUUCGGAAAAUUUCGGAAAAUCGGUUUUUCCUAAUUUUUUUUUCGGAAAAUUUCGGAAAAUCGGGUUUUCCGAAUUUUUUUUUUCGGAAAAUUUCGGAAAAAUCGGAAAAAUCGGAAAAGCGCGUUGAACUUGUGGCCGCAAAAACACGCUUUCUCACCGUUUUUCCGCCCAGUUAAAUAUACGUCCCACUUUCCCAUUACGUCAGCUUUUCUGAAAAAACAACACAAAUCGCAACAAUCGGUUCAUUAGAAUGAGAAAAACGAAAGAAAUUGCGUAAAAUUUAAAAAUCAAAUUUAAAAAGGCGCUCGCUGCUAGACCCUUCCAAAAAUUUUGUGAUGCGCCUUUAAAAAGCAUACGGUGGUUUCGGACAAAUUGACCUUGAAUCCACACUAAUUUUCCGAAAAUUUUGCCGAACAUUUUCGGAAAAUUUUCCGAAAAUUUCUCGGAAAAUCGGAAAAUUUCGGAAAAUCGAAAUAUUUUCCGCACACCCCUGGUCUACACUAUGUAGAUACAAUCCGUUUUCAGUUCUUCCACCUCGAAAAGCUCUCAAUCGAAUCGGCGCACUGGCUGUCCUACCAUGAUUUGAUAAAGAUGAAGUGCAAGACGGGAACCAUCAAACGAUUCCACUACCCGAGCACCUGUUUGUACUAUUUCGCUCGUCGCUGGCUGUCGAGCACGGACCGCACAUUGGAGCGGAUGGAGUUUGGCGGCGAUCGUUCAGACCAACUUGAAAUGUACGAGCUUAGGAGAUGGCGAUAUGAUCCGACGAAGAGGAGCGAGAAUUAUGUGUUCGUUCUUUAUUAGUUUUCACUUCAAACGACACCUCUUUUUAGCAUUACCGGAUCGAAUUACGACUUCAAAGUCAUCCAUUGCAGUCACGGAUUCGAUCUUUACCGUGCCGAUGGUCUGAUAGCCACAAUCGAGUGCAAAGACUCGGACAAUCGAAAGAUCUUUUUGUUCCUGGUGUGGCACGAUCCAUUUCCAAAGGUCAAACGACUCGAAUCUCUGCGAAAGGAUCUUGAGCAGCAGUCGAAGAUACUCGAGCAUCGGCUGCAACGAAUCGAGGAGCAAAGACGGCGGAAGCGAGUUCCGAAGAGGAUCAAAGAACUUCGCGGAGCCGGAGAGAUCGACUAUCCGUUUGAGCAGUUGGAGAAGAGCCGGAAAAGGCACGACGGAGAGUUGUACGAGGUGCUCGAUCAUAUUUACAAGAUCCGCAAGCAAAUGAUUUUCUGGGACAAGGAGCAGACGUAG